AUGUCGACGGUAGAAGGAGCCGGGCAGCGCGAGGAAGGGGAGUACGGAAGGGCGGCAAAGCGUCUGAAAACGGAGGAGAGGGAGAGAGAGACGGAGGCGGAGGAGAGAGAGGAGGGGGAAGAGGAGCUGGAGGAGGGGGAGGAUUCGGACUCCGGCUCGCUACCCGGUAACGGAGAGUCAGCGGUGGACAACCGGGCCCGGUGGAGCGCCAACCAAUACGGAGCAGGACGGAGGGAUAACAGUGAAGACUCCCAUCGCAUCUCUCCCAGCCCAGUGGUCCAUGUCAGGGGUCUGUGCGAGGCCGUGGUGGAAGCAGACCUGAUAGAUGCUCUGGAGAAAUUUGGACCCAUAUGCUAUGUGAUGAUGAUGCCAUUCAAGCGGCAGGCCCUGGUGGAGUUCUCUGCAGUGGAGAGUGCUGACCGCUGUGUGUCCUGUGGAGCCAAGGAGCCUGUAUACAUCGCAGGUCAACAGGCGUACUUUAAUUACUCCACGUCCAAGAGAAUCACCAGGCCGACCAACGCUGACAACCCCAACAGUGGCAACAAAGUCCUCCUGCUGUCCAUACAGAAUCCCCUCUACCCUAUAACCACGGAUGUUCUCUACACAGUGUGUAACCCGAUCGGCAGUGUCCUGAGGAUCGUUAUCUUUAAACGAAAUGGAAUCCAGGCCAUGGUGGAAUUUGAGUCCGUUCAGUGUGCACAGAAGGCCAAAGCUGCUCUGAACGGGGCUGACAUCUACGCUGGUUGCUGUACACUCAAGAUUGAAUAUGCAAGGCCAACACGUCUGAACGUGAUCAAGAACGAUAACGAGAGCUGGGACUACACCAAACCAUACCUGGUCAGACGAGACCGUGGAAAGGGCAGACAGAGACAGGCCAUUUUAGGAGAACACCCAUCAUCCUACAGUGAUAACGGCUAUGGUCCACCCUGCCCUCUGCUGCCUCUGCCUGGCAACAGCAGGUACAAGCUCACCUCAGUGGACGUUCCAGACAUGGUGUCUUACCCUCUGCCCCAGUCAUCAUCCUCAUACUCCGGCCACGCUCCCAGCUCUGUUGCCAUGGUGAGCGGCCUCCAUCCAUCCAAGAUGAACUGCACCCGCAUCUUUAACCUCUUCUGCCUCUAUGGAAACAUUGAGAAGGUGAAGUUUAUGAAGAGUGUUCCUGGUACAGCCUUGGUAGAGAUGGGAGAUGAGUAUGCUGUGGACAGAGCCAUCACACACCUCAACAGCAUCAAGGUGUUUGGCAAGAGGCUCAACGUCUGUGUGUCUAAGCAGCACGCAGUGAUCCCCAGUCAGGUGUUUGAGUUAGAGGACGGCAGCAGCAGCUACAAGGACUUUGCCAUGACCAGGAACAACCGCUUCAGCAGCGCCGGACAGGCGUCCAAAAACAUCAUUCAGCCUCCGUCUGCAGUGCUCCACUACUACAACGUUCCUCCAUGCAUAUCACAGGACCAUUUACUGAGGCUGUGCACAGAGCAUGAUGUGCCCGGCUUCGUCAAAUUCAAGAUGUUUGAUGCCAAACCUUCCUCUAAGACCAUCUCUGGUUUGUUAGAGUUUGACAGUAAGACGGAGGCUGUGGAGGUUCUUACUGUUCUCAACCACUACCAGAUCCGAAUACCCAAUGGCUCCAACCCAUACACCCUGAAGCUGUGCUUCUCCACCUCGUCUCAUCUAUAAAAAGUUGUAGAGCACAAGAAGAGGCUGCUGAGCCAGAUGAUGGCUGACUUGGCCGACACUAGAGAGGGACCAUGAGGGACGAGUGGAGGAGAGACAAACACAGACUGAGACACAGAUAACCCUUUAAAGGUGGUAAAGAAGAUGGAUAGAAAAGUAUUAAAGAGAGAGAAGGCUGUCUCUGUAUCCAAACUGAACAUCAGACCCACGCCCAACAUCCACCCAUCCAAUGAAAUGCUGGCAGAGCAGAGACUAUCGGAAGUGUUUCUAUCAUCAUGUUGGACAUCUGGAGGACACUGCUCACAAGGCUUACACAGACAGAGAGACAGGAAUCUACCGUACUGUCCUCCUCAGUGUUAGUCACAAAUCUCUUACAUCAUCACCAUCUGUGACUGAGAUAUUAUUUUAAACGUUUAAACAAUGGAUAAAUACAGUGUGUUGUUUUGAACAUGUACAGUGGACGUCGAUAUGAUUUUAACAAGUUCUCCUUGAUUAGUGCUAUGUGAACUUUUUGCCUGGCAGUGAGGCUGAAGGUCAGAGGUGUCACUCCACUUUGGACCAAACUGAGAUAUUCAACACUGACCAGUUGUUAGGUUUACUGUGGGUAUUCAUGGUCCCCCGAGGAGACCUGACCUUUCCCUACUGCCAGCACACAGCCAACACUUGCUCUGUGACAUGGUAACUGGAAAACUAAUGGCAGGGUUUCUAUGAAUAUUCAUGUUUCCAAGAAGAUUCUAUUAAUGUUUUUUAAAGGUGCUGUCGCUUCUUAAGGCCCUCGUUCAGCUUUCCCACCAUCACCAAAUGUUCUAACAGACACAAGAACUUUAAUGGGCAGAUUGUGAAAUUUACUGAACAUAUUCUUUGUUCUCAGAGGAUAACCUCCUUACAUUUGGACCUUCUACAAUCUUCCUUUUAGCGCCAACAUCAGGCCAAAAUAUCAUCUUUGCACACAAGAUAUUUGAUGAUGUCACUGGCAGAUUGCCAUGAAAACCCCUCGUUCCAAAAGAGAUGGACUUCUGCUGAGGUGAAAAGAAUAACAAAGUUCUGAUGCUGUAUUUUGUUCUGUCUCUCAAAUGAUGUGCUGGACUGAUGCAGAAUCAGAAGAGUGUAAAAAAACAACAUUGGUGUUUCUUCCACACUGCGCCGCUCUUCACAUUGUACAUGCUUAAUGUCAGUUUCACUUAAUAUAAUAAUGAUAGAUGUCACACAUGUCACUUCCUCUUGUCUGUGGCCCAUUUUGUGUUUGAAUGGAAAUGAAUCGUCCAUUCCACAAAUCCAGUACAUGGGCUAUUGUCACAGCUGCUGGUAAGUCAACUAUUACCAGUCAUUAGUGUUCAGAUCCUGCUGGUGGAUGUCAGAAUCCCUGCCUGUAAACACAUUCAGUGUCUGUGAGUGUUCUGAUUCGAGAUAUUGACCUCAUGCAUCCACCUGUCGAUAUUCAAGUAAACAGUAGUCCAGCUUGUUAUCACUACUUCCUUAAUAUGAUACAUGAUUUGUUCUUAAAACAGUCAGAGUAGGACACAGUGAUGAAUGUGUGGGAUAUUUUUGACAUAUAUUUGUGUGUGUGACUUCAUUGGUUGAACUCGGUACACCCGUUAGUGCAGCACCGCUGAAGAAACACAGUUCAAGGGCUCAUUUCAUGACUCCUGUCAGCAUACAGUUCACUUGCUGAGAUUUGAGCUCGACUUCAGCACACUCAAACAGUUGAGUCCAUUAUGCAGUUUUUCACCUGAUUGCAUCUGAAAUAUCUAUUACACACGUGUAAAUUCAUUGUGUAUCAACCUUAAAGUCAGCCAUGUCUGCGUGGAGAAUGUUCAUGCUCCUUUCAAAGGUACAAAAAUAAACCUAUUUGCACUGCGCAUGGAAAACUACUGGAAUUACAUAGUAUUAAAGGACAUUUUGCUUUGUCCAGUAUUGUUUUUUUCUUGCCAUGUUUUAUUUUUAGAAUCUAUGCUCCUACAAGGUUUUUCUGUAUUUUGCAUAACUCUGUGAAUAAAUGGGCUAUCUAAAACCUGGAAGAUGCAUGGGCUCCUUAUGGAGGCUCGGAGUGGAAGAGCGGACACACUGAGCUUGGAGGAGGCCAGUUCCAACAUAAAGCAUAUUGUCUCGCUCCACUCUGUGUCUCAUGCAGGACAUGCAGAUUUGACUGCUUCAAGCGGAAUCCAUCGCUCUUGUGAUUAAGGCAUGCUUUUUGUAUAUAAUGUGUAAAUAAGGAAAAGGUGUGCAGCACAGAUGAAUCCCACUCUGUCUGCAGUUCAAUUAUAGAUCAUCUGGAUGUUUGUAUGUCUCUUACAUGACUUGAAUCUUGCUGUAUUUCUAACGGAGGUUUUAUUUAUUCUUUUUUGUUUGUUUGUUUUUUAAGCCUUGGAGGGGGUUUGAUAAAUGAGGGCUGUUGUUAUUCUGAAGCUGAUGUAUGUUUUUAAUCACAGGACUGACUCCGAGACAGAUCACAGAUAUCGCUGUAAAGGUUUAAUGUUGUUAAUAGUCAGUAAUCACUAAGAAAAUACUUAGAAAAAUACAAAACUAUAUUGUUCCAUUCAUUUUAGAAUCUCUGUGGGUGUAACCUAUACUGUAUGUACAUGUUCAACUUGAAUAAAUUCAGGUUUGGAGCUGUAGGUCAGCUCCACACAGCUCAA